CUAACGUUAGCCUAUCGAUUACAAAACACGACCUUUCAAUUUUCGUGGAGUAAAUAUCUUUAAAGAUAUAUUAUUGCAUAAUAUAUCGAGACGAAAUGACGCCAUCUAAUAAUAAUACAUACGACUACUGCACACGCGCCAGCCAUCCUCGGCGAAGGAACGUAGUAUCUCGAAGUUACGUGUAGUUUAUGCCAUCUACUUCUGCUAUAUGAGUCAGACUACGCACUUUAGGAAGUAGGGAAGAAGAGAGAGAAGGACACGUAAAACAUGGCUGAAGCCGUUGUGGACGGGACUCCGGUGUCCCGUUUUUAUUGCCAUAAAUGCAUCGAUGAAAUUGAGUGUUUGCAACCCGACUACACUUGUCCAAGAUGUUCAUGUGGAUUUAUAGAAGAAUUGGAGGUUGGAACCAACGACAAUGGUUCUGGGAUGGAUAUAAGUGGCGAAGAUCUAAGCGAUAUUGAUAUUAUUGAUAUUCCAGGCUAUAAUCGCUACCCUACUGAUCGUGAUUUUGUAGAAAUGAUAUUGGAAUCUCCUACCCUCAAUAUGCAACCACGUGCAGGUAACAGAAGCAAUACGUUAGAAGGCAGAAGACGAGUUAGCUGGUCACGCAAUACACCAGAUACUCGUCGCUCCGGCAGGUACACUGCACUUCCUUCCCGCACUGGGCUUCUGCGCCAUCGUCGUGGAAGACAAGAAGCAAUACCUAUUGAAAAUUUUAUUCAAGACUUCAUACUUAACCUAUCAGGAGCUGGUCUAGGCCAUCCAGUUACACAAGAUGGACAACCACCUGUAUUCAAUAUUAGACUGUUCUUGGGAAACCCUGGAGAUUAUGUUUGGGGUCGGGAUGGAUUGGAUGCUAUUGUCACACAGUUAUUGAAUCAAAUGGAUGGAACUGGACCACCACCAUUACCACAAAAACAAAUUGAUGCAAUACCUAAGACAACAGUGACGCAAAGUCAAGUUGAUAGCAAAUUGCAAUGCUCUGUUUGUUGGGAAGACUUCAAAUUAGCUGAACCUGUGAGACAAUUACCGUGUCAACAUUUUUAUCAUACACCUUGUAUUGUACCUUGGCUUGAACUUCAUGGAACAUGCCCAAUUUGCAGAAAAAGUUUAGGCGAUCAGAGUACUGCAGAAGCAAAUCAAGAUACUGUUAGACCAAGUUUAGCUGCUCUCUUUAGAGCUGCUAAUGAAUCAAACAGUAGCAGAUCAUCCUCCACUUCGUCGUCAACUGGAAGUACCUCCAAUAGUGAUUCUUCUAAUGAAAUGUGAGAUUAAUUAUCAAAUCUUGAUGUUUUCCUGAUAAUGUAGAAAAAAAAAUAUCAUUUUCCGUACUACAAAUCAACUUUGAGCAUUAAUAACUUCGGUCAUGCUUAAAUUAUAUUAAACACGUGUCUACAAAGUUUCCUAAUUUUGAAUGAAAAAAAUUAAUAGUUAUAAAUUAUAAGUUAUAAUCCGGCAGAAAUUUUAUGCAUCCCUUAAAAUUUUUCUGAAUAUAAGUUAAAUCAAACUUCUUAACAACUGAUGCACACAUAUACUAUAGUUUCUAUAAUGUAACAAUAGCAAAGUUAUAACAUAUACUUUGAUAUGAUAAUGAAGAAUAUUUAAAGGUAUGAUGAAAGAGUACAGAUCAUGCAGUUUUUACAAGUGAGUCCAACACAGCUUGUAAGAAAUACGCUAUUACUGAUUUAAUCGUAUGUACUAGUAAAUAUGUGAUAAAAUUUGUAUCAUAAUUGAGAUAUAGAAAAUUAAUUACACAAAAAAAACGGUAUGAUUAUCUCCAUUAAGUUUUCACUUUAUAGAAUUAAUAGUGAAACCACGUAGAACAUUAUAAUAAAACUAAACAAAUUUCUUAUUUAGCAUGAAAACUACACAAGAAAGAGCUUAAUAACGCAUUUUAUUAUGCGCUUUUAUAGCCUUGAUAAUUAUGAUUUCAUUCUAAAGAAAAGUAUCGAAUUUAAUGUUUUUGCUUGAGAACAGUCAGUUAUGACAAUAUGAACGAAGUAUUAUGCAAAACGUUACAAUCUACUAGUUUCCAACAUAGAUUGUUAGAUUAAUAUCGGAUCAUUUAAAUCCUUCUAUAUCAGAAAUAUCACUGAAUUAUCAAGAAUAUUAAAUAAUUUGCAGUAUGUAUAUUUCUCAAUGGGGUUGUGCCUAACUGCAUUACUGACUAAAUAAGCAUGUUAUGUACAAUUCAAUUUCAUUAUGACAAAACAACAGAACAAUUGGUAUAGAAUAGUUAAUAAAUAUGGUCACUAUCGUACAACAUUAAUAAAUAUAUAAAAUUCACUUUAGUUACGUGAAGAAUAACGUUGGGGAAUAGUAGAUAGCAAAAGACAUAUAUAUGAUAAAAUAAUCUAUUACGCAAUACAAAGACCAGGAAUUGCUUUGCCAGUAUUUGGAAUUAUAAUUUUAACUUGACAUAAAGAACACAUGAAUAAUUGCUAGUGAAACUUUUAUAAAACGUAAGGUAAAACUAAAUUGAAAUUUAAAAAACAUAAGUCACAAAUGUGUAGUGUACAGUUACUAAACAUUGCAUAUUACUACACACUACAUAUACACAUACACAUACACGCGCGCGCGUAUAUAUAUAUAUAUAUAUAGAUAUAUACACACAUAACAUAUAUUUAUGAUAUUUAACACAAUGUGGAUGCGUACUUAGAAGUUGUAUGUAAUUAAUAACAUAGAUGUCUAUAUUUGUGAUCGAAGUUAGUGUCCUAUGUGAUACGAAUUUGCAAAUGCUCAUUUUCAGCCUGCAUACAACGGUUACAGCCAUGUUUUUUCUGAAUGAUAAUGUAGUAUGGUCACUUAUCAUUACGUGUCCGGUGGAUAGAUCAAUGUUUUUAUAAUAAAAUCGAGGAAAAAAUAUAUAAUAUUCGUUUUAUAAGCUCGAUAUAUCACAAAAUAUGAUUUAAUAAAUAAAAUAUUAUUUCACAACGUAAUUCUUCUAUUAGAUGUGUGACAAAAUGGAAAAUAGAAUCGUUGAUAUCCGUUUAAGGGGUGGAUAGAUUUUCUCGACAAAAUUUUUAGAGAAAACGACUUUUGUAAGACUAUUGAAAAACAAAACAAAAAUGAAUGAUUAUUAAUGUUUGGACCCUGAUAAUUAUAUAUUAUUACUGGCAAAGCAAAAUAUUCAUUUGUUUAUAGAAAUUAUACAAUCUGCAAUUUUUAGUUUUAAGAUCUCUUUUGAAAGAGAUAUUCAUCGAUUGAAAAGGAUAUUCAUCGUUUUGCGAUUUAAUAAUGUUACAUAGUUAAGAGUGAUUGUUAACGAUUUUACUUGAAAAUACAUGCAUCAGUCGAUGAAACGAUUGAUUUCAUGCAAAUACAAUAAGUAAUUUGGUACGAGUUACAAGCACUCUGAUUUUAUUUUUUUUUUUUCUUUAUCUAUUGCUACGUGGAGGAUGAUGUCAAAGCCAAUGACAUAUUGUAUGUUCUAUUGUACCGAAAGAUACAUUGUUUUUAAGUUUAAUUUUGUCAUCUAUCAUAAAAAGUUUCCUCGGCUAUUUAUUUACUGUCAUUGCUUUAAAUAAAGAGAAGGAAAAAGUAAAACAUGAAGGGAUAUCAAUUUGUAAAUGUAUGCGUUACUAAUGCCAGAUAAUUUUAUUUCAUAUAUAAGUAAAUUACGAUUGCAAGAAUUCAUUUAAUAUAAAAAUUCUGCAUAUUCAAUUAUCACACGACCAAUAGAUUGCUUUAUAGCUAAUGAUUCUGUAAAUUGUUAGAAUACAAAGAAAUGUUAUAUUUAUUCGUCAAUAAAAUAAAAAAUAUAUUAGGAAAA